GCCGACUGGAAGUGGGGCUGAGCUCCCUGUGGCUUGUGGAAGCCGCCUUCUGAUGACCACCAGACAUUGCGACCUGCUUCCAACGCUCAGCCAUGUCGAAACUUCCAUGAUCCGGCCAUUGAGCGCUCUGCGUGACUGAGUUCUCUGUGCAUUGUUGGCAAUCCAGCUCAAAAACACCAACAACCUGUCGACGGCCGCCAAACGGAACCCUGCAUCUCGCGCCAACGCAGCGUUGCAACCGCUGUCCACCCGCCCUUGCUCCCGACGGAACCCAAUUCUUUCGUCCCGCCAUGGCCGACGUUCGCUCUCUUCUGCGCCAGCAACGCGCCGCGCGCAGAAUAGAGCACCCUCAUGCGUCCUAUUCUGACGCCGGCAAGCUCACAUGCAACGUAUGCCACGAGCUUGUCAAGACAGAGGCGCUCUGGGACAAUCACCUUCGAAGCGCCGGCCACCGACAGCGACUACAGAGCCUACACCAGGCGUCCACGAAGAACGGCACCAAGGGGUACGCUGGGUUUGUGGAUCAGGAACCGGACCGAAAUGGUCAGCCGGGACAGUCGAACAAGCGGAAGCUGGGCGACUCCGAAGAGGACGAGCCGGCGGGUCGAGACGACGGCGUGGGGCCGAGGAAACGAACAAAAGCGGAUAUUGCGCCGCAAGAUCAAACCCCAGUGAAGAAGGACGACGGCACCAGAACGGGCAAGCCAGAAACGCCGCCUCUCGCUCGCCGAACGUCAGGCACGCCUACCAUCGGUGUCGAGCUAGACAUCCCCUCUCGCCCAGCUACGCCGAGCUCAGCCGGGACACCAAUGUCCGCUACCCCGAAGGCGGCCCCAAUUGGCCGGUCUCCGCUUAUACCAGACGAGUCAUCCGGGUUGGGCCAGCCCAAAACCACACCGGCCCCGCCAACAGCGGAGACACAGCCCUCAUCGGCCACAGCAGCUCAAGCAGCGCCAGCACCGGUGGACGAAGACGAAUGGGCCGCGUUCGAGGCAGAGCUCGUCCACGGGACGGCAGGAAGUACACGCGCCAAGCCCGUCGGCGCCGCAGUAGCAGCACUCGACAGCGACGCAGUCAUCUCGGCGCCGGCGAUGAGCGCCGCAGAGGUGGCCGCCAAGUCGGAGGAGGAGGAGCGCACGAGGCGGCGAGCGCUGGUGGAUAUCCAGCUUGAGGACGAAAAGGAAGAGGCCACGCGGGCGCUUGAGACGGAGUUCGAUGUAAUGGAGGAGCUGGAGGCGCGGGCGCGCAAGCUGAGAGAGCGGCGCGAGCAACUGCGGGUGCAAGCCAAUGGCGGGGCCGCAUCUGCGGUGGCAGUUGCCGAUGGCGAGAAAGGGGCUGCGCCGGGCAAGGAGAAUGUCUCCAUGGAGGAAGACGAGGACGACGACGAGGAGGACGAGUUGGACGACUGGGAUGGCUUCAGGUUCCGAGCUUAGCAAAGGCGAGCUUGGCCUGAACUGCAUCUGUGUGUUGCCGUCGGCCGCGAUCAGGAAGCGGCUUGUACAUUACUCGCAUAUACUAAUACGGUUAUUAAUACGGUAUGUCCAGAGAGCGGUGUGUUGCUCAAGUGACCCAGUCACUAUUACUUCUCAGGACUUAUGCUCGCUGACCAGCCCAAGCACCUCAACGCCGAAAAUAUCACAUACUCCAAAAACCGGGAAAACAACACUGCCUACCUGCACACAUUGAACACACCACGUUAUUCCUCCCAGCCUUAACUCAACUACACCUCCUCCCCGCGUCCAACCUUCUCCCAAAACCUCCUCAACCGCCA